AUAGAUUAUACAUACUUUUAAUCCGCUCGUUUAUCUUGAAAAUUUAUUAAUUAGAGAUGGCCAUAAAGUUUUUCUUUUUUCCUGUUGCAUCUUAAAACACAUGUAAAAAAGUUAUUAGAUAAUGUUUUUGUAAAUUGUUUUCUAUGAUGGUAAUCUUCUAGGAGCUUUUCAUGUAUCACGCAAGUGACCAAGAAAGAAAGGAUAGUGUUUAAAAUAACGCGACAAGGAAGCCCUCUAGAUUCCCUUAUGUAGCGCGAAAUUCAAAUUCAUUCACAGAUAUUUUAUAAAAUAAGGAAAAAAGAUUUUGUUUCUCCUAAUAUCUAGCCUGAACUAAUAUUGAACUUAUUAUCGAGUAAUAAUAAUAUCAAAUUUAAUUUCUAAUAUUUAAUAUAAGAUUUGCUUGUGUGUUAGUUUUAUUAAGAUAAAUCUCUGAAGGAAACAUCAACGAAGCUAUAUACAAGGAGAACGAUCGAGAUAGGCGUUUGUGUCGAAUUUGUGUUGUUGAAAAUGACUGAAUAUUGAGUACGAUAAUUAUCCACGAGGGCGGCGUUAAUGUUCUUAAGUUUCGAUUUAAGUACGUGUGAUUUUAUAAAUAAACAAAUGAAAUUAAUAGUUCCCUUUGAUGUUUUUAUUUUAAUUACUGUUUUUAAAAAACAGAUCAAGCGACUAGACGCGCUCUCUAGUGGCAAUAGAAAUCAUCCUUUCAUUGUGAAUAUUGUACCCACAUUUAUAACACGGUGGUUGUCCUCCUUGUAUAUAGGCUCGAUGAACUUACCUUAAUACUUUUUUAAUAAGUUAAGAAAAGAAGAACGUUCUGUCAAAUACACGUGAAAACUUUAGAUCAUUAUUUUCGUUAAAUGAAGUGACUGUAUUUUUUACUUAAACAAUAUUUAUUAUUUCUUUGUAAUUAUUAUAGUUUCAAUAAUCUUAUUAAAUAUGUUUAUUCAUGAUUUUAUCUGUUUCUGACGUCCUUAUACUCUUACUUUCAUUAACCAGUUUACCUUCUUGAUGUUAUAUUCAUUGUAGUUAUUUUAAUAGGAUUGAUUAUAAAUUUCUUGAUAUUUUUAAUAUAUUAUAACUCCUAAUUAGUAUCUAGCAUAUUAUUUAUAUUACAAGGUCGCUUGAGACACACCUCAUAAAUGUGUACUAUUUGGAGAGAUUGUUUAAGGAAAAGCCUUAAAUAUUAAAAUAUAUCAUCGAUAUCACUUAUAAGUGAAAUAUACCAAAUAUAAUAUGAAAAUGCCGAUUUUGACACAUGAUAUUGAACUACCACCUGUUGUCCCAGAAUUACUAUUAGAAAAACAUGCUAAGUAUCUCAUUGCAUUUGGAAACAAUAAAGAGGAAUAUCAUUAUUGUAUGACGGAACAUAUAAGAAUUUCUGGAUUUUAUUGGGGCCUUACUGCAUUAGAUUUAAUGGGAAAACUUGAUGAGACCAAUAAAGAGGAAAUGUUAGAAUUUAUCAAACAAUGUCAAAGUGACAGUGGUGGGAUUUCUGCUAGCAUAAAUCAUGAUCCGCAUUUACUUUACACACUAAGCGCAGUUCAAAUAUUAUGCCUUUAUGAUGCGUUAGAUGUAAUUGAUACAGAAAAAAUUGUUAAAUACGUUAAAGAAAGGCAACAACCGGAUGGUAGUUUCACCGGCGAUAUCUGGGGUGAAAUAGAUACUAGAUUUUCUUUUUGUGCAAUUGCUACUUUAUCACUGUUGAAACGUUUAGAUGCUAUAAAUGUGGACAAGGCAGUAGAGUUUGUAAUGAAGUGUAUGAACUUUGAUGGAGGGUUUGGUUCUAAACCUGGUUCUGAAAGUCAUGCUGGUUUAGUUUAUUGCUGUGUAGGGCUGUUAUCAAUAACGGGAAAUUUACACUUAGUAGAUGCAGAUCGUUUAGGUUGGUGGUUGUGUGAAAGACAACUUCCAUCGGGUGGUCUAAAUGGUAGACCAGAAAAAUUACCAGAUGUAUGUUAUUCUUGGUGGGUUCUCUCGACGCUUACAAUUUUAAAUCGUCUUCAUUGGAUAAAUAAAAAGUGUUUAAUAGAUUAUAUUUUGUCGUGUCAAGAUACCGAAACUGGAGGCUUUGGCGAUAGACCUGGCAAUGUUCCUGAUCCUUUUCAUACUUUAUUCGGACUUACCGCGUUAUCGUUACUCCAUACUGAUUAUCCAUUGAAAGAAGUUAAUCCAACUUUUUGUUUACCGCAAUAUGUAGUAGAUCGUUUAGGAUUGGCACCAGCACAAGUGGAAACAUGAUUUAAUACAUAUACACGUACAAGCACGAUUUAAAAAAUGAAUUGCAGUUAUGCAAAAUUUACGAGUAUUUUAUUUACAUUAUCUAUCACAAUUUAAGAGGUGAAAGAUAUUUUUCUGAGUAAAAAACUAUUUUUAUUUGGUUUUUGCUUGAACAACCAAAUAUUCCAGGGAAAAGGAAAUGAAAUCAGAUUAUUAAUAGAAGAAUACAAAUCAAAAUAAAAUUGAUAUUUGUAUAUCUGUCUAUAUUAUAAUUAAUAUAUUAUUAAUAAGUUUACUGCAAUAAUAAACAUUUUU